UGUAAUAUAUACAUAGGCACGUGGCGGUUGGCAAUUGGACGCGCUUUUGCUGACGCGGCAUCCACUUAGCAGAUAGAACUCACCAAAAUGCUCGUCCUACAGAGCUUCGUUGCGCGCCAAUGGACGCCAUUACGGUAUGGGAAUGGGCUGCGCGUCGGCGCUCACGAAUUCCAGGCGAGGAGAGGUCGAAAUUCUAGAAUUGGGUCGACUGCGCGAGUGGUUUGGGAUCCCGAGAACCUGUUUGGAGCGCCGCAGACUGGCCACAUUACGCGGCGGAUGAUCCAAAAGAAGCUCAGCAGCGAUGCCGAGCAGGAUGAGAUUGCGAGGCAAGAGACACAGCGCCAAUUGGAUCGACAAAGAGCUGCUCGAGAGGCUCGAGUUGUUCCAGAGAGUGAUGCUGGGCUGAUCGAAUUUUUCCUUGAGACUCAAGCGCAAGAGAUCGAGUUUGAGAUUGCUCGAUGUAGACUCAGAUUAACGGAUUCGUUCCUUUCCUUUUUAAACACGGAGAUAGCUUCCUUGAAGUUUAAAAUCAAUAGAACUCAGGACAUUGAGGAUAGGCUCGUGGAGCUAGAGGCACUCCAAAAAGUUUUAACGGAAGGCAUUGAAGCAUAUGAUAGGCUUGCUACGGAUCUAGUCCAAGCCAAGGAAAGAGUCGCAAGGAUAUUUGCCUCGAAAGACAAGAAAGCCACGCUGCUGGAGAUGGUUGCAUCCAACGAGCUAGACCGAUCUCUCCUGGUUCUCCUGGAUCAAAACAUUGUCACUGCAAGAUCUGCUGGACAGAAAGAAGCGGCAGACUUCAUGACAAAGAUCCGCGGUGCUGUGCUCAAGUACAUCACUCUCUAAGCAUAAGAUAACCAACUUAGCUAUUGAAAGUCGUCGAUACAAGAGGUACGUUUCUCUCCAGUCUGGCCUACAAAAAUAUAAAGAGCUUAUUCUUCCUUGUUCCGACAAGGCAAAGAAUGGUAGGACUCUGGUGUUAAAAA